CAUUCAUUAUGCCGUGAAAUUUUUUAGGUGACAGCUGCGACGAGUUAUUAAAAUUGGUGGAAGAUGGAUUCGUGUGUUGACGUGACGAUGAAUUCGGAUGCGCCUGCCCAGAAAAGUGAUGCUGGAAGUGAGAAUGAAAACCUAGGACUUUUGAAGGCAUCUGCAAUUAAUGCUGAUGAUGCCAAUUCUGCACCGGAGGAGAAACCUCGUCUGAGCGCAGUUAUCAGACCUGUGAGGAAAUCUCUCUGGACACCGCAGGAGUCAAUUCUCCCGAUCUCGAAAACGUCCGCAUUUACGAAUUCGCCACGUCAAUCAGCUCGUAAGAAGACAAAGAAAGUGUUCGACGACUCGGUCCCAGUGAAAAUUAGUCAGAGUCGGGGAUCAAAUCCCACGUUGGUUCCCGUUCCUUCAUCUCCACUUCACUGGGACGAGUCUCGCUUUAAUGCGGACGUGACCAUCGAUGAAGUAGAAUUGAAUCCAACUGCGAAAAUGAGCACUCCACUCCUGCAUGGAUCUGAAGUCACCGAAGAAAGCUUGGAGUACCAAAUCGGCGAUUUAGUAUGGGCUUCUGUCAAUUCAUUUCCAUAUUGGCCGGCAAUUGUUUGCCAGGAAUAUGCGACGAACACUCAUUAUCAAGUCAAAGCGCAAGGAAUGUAUUCCAAACUACUGUUCCAUGUGAUGUUCUUAAAUGACAAGAACAGACACAACUGGGUAUCUGCCGGGAAAAUCGAACCUUUUGUCGACGAGAAAACGUUCGAAGAGUGGAAAACUGCCAAGUUGAACGCAGCUCCAAAAGGUAGGAGUAAACGAUUUUGGAUGAAGCUUUUCACCAUAUCUCCAACGAUCCGGCGAGCGUAUAAGGUAGCAGUUGAGAUUGGUGAGCGAUUGAUGCCGAGACCGAGGGCUCUAAGAUGUCAAGAGCUGUUGGUGCCUAACAGUGUCGAUGAGAAAACGUUCGACUCGUUCGUGGCUGAACCUGAACCGUUCCCAGAACCAGAAGUCAAACUGAAAGACGAAUCUUCCCGUUCAAGCACCAAGGAACCGCGUUCACUAUUCCCUAAGUUCGAGAAGCGAAAAGAAAAAUUGUGCGCAAAAUGUUUCAAGUUCAUACCUGAGCCCGACGAGAAUUUAGAUAUAAAAGUUGCAGAACAAGGCAUAGAAUGCUCUGGAGGGUGUGGGAAAUCGUAUCAUCGUCUUUGCUACAUGAAUAUAAAUGCAACGAAAAAUCAGCUUUCGGCUCAGUUCCGUCGAUCCAAGAAAAAGAGUGACGUUAAAUCCGAAGUUGAUGCUAAACUUCUAACGAUGAAGACUGCUACUUGUCCAGAAUGCGAGUCAGAUUUGAAACAAUGCUUCAUUUGUAAAGCACUUGACAAGGGUUUGCAGCAGUGUGUGCAUAAGAACUGCCGGAAACAUUACCAUAAUUCCUGCGUUGGACAUUCCAAGUGGCACCAAUCCGUCGUUCAAAAUGGCAAGUUGACGUGUCCAUUGCAUAAAUGUCACACUUGUGCUUCCCUGGGAGAAAAUGCCAAAGCAUUGGACCGCCCUCAUAAACUGAUCCAGUGUGUCUUGUGUCCUACAGCAUAUCAUUAUGAUAUUGAAUGCAGUCCAGCAGGGACGUACUACAUUGGUGGGAACUACAUGAUCUGUCCCAAAGUCCACGGAAAAAAACUGACUCAUGCAAAUUGCUCCGUUUGUCUGCUGUGUUCAAAAGGUGGAAUGUUGAUUUGCUGCGAUGCAUGUCCAUCAGCUGUUCAUGCAGCAUGUUUGCCGUACGAAUUCGACACAGAGGCGUCGUUUUUAUGCGAGUUCUGCGAAUUUGGAAAAAUGCCGUUGUACAGAGACAUCGUUUGGGCAAAAAUUGCCCAUUUCAGAUUUUGGCCCGCAAUAAUCGUGGACCCGGAGGAAAUCCCGUUGAACGUCUUGAGAUUGCCUUAUGAGCCUGGACAAUUUCCUGUCAUGUUUUUUGGAACACAUCAGUACUCGUGGGUUGAUCGAACCCGGGUCUUCUGGUAUGAAGAAGAUGACUGGAAGUUCGCCUUGAAUUCUGUCGGCAAAGGCAAGGGUCAGACCAAGGACCAGCAAUUUAAAGAUGCCAUCAACGAGGCGAAACUCGCGUACGAUUCUCGCCUGGAAGCCGAUAAAAUUCAACUAGAGGAAGCCGUGGCGAAGCCGAGAACCAAGCCUCCGCCUUACGUGAAAAUCAAAGGGAACAAACCUUUUGGUCGAGUUAAAGCCGUUGACUUCAACGUGUCGAAUUGUCAAACUUGCAACUGUGAUCCGAGCAGUGAAGAUCCUUGUGGGCCGACUUCAAAUUGUUUGAAUCGGCACGUUUUGUAUGAGUGUCACGCGAGUUUGUGUCCCGCCGGGGAAAAGUGUAGGAAUCAGUGUUUUCAACGAAGGGAGUACCCGCAAUUGGCUCCGUUUCCGACGGGAGAGAAAGGCUGGGGAUUGAAAUCAUUGGAGUUGAUCAAGAAAGGCUCAUUUGUGAUCGAGUACGUGGGUGAGCUGAUCGACAAUGCGGAAUACGAGACGCGAAUGGCGUGGAAGCACAAGACUAUGGACAAACACUAUUAUUUCCUAACUCUGGAUAGCAACAGAAUCAUCGAUGCUGGUCCCAAGGGCAAUUUGGCUCGCUUCAUGAACCACUCUUGCGAACCCAACUGUGUGACUCAAAAGUGGUCUGUCGCAGGUGACGACCGCGUAGGCCUUUUUGCCCUUCGAGAUAUUCAACCCGGAGAAGAAUUGACGUUUAAUUACAACCUUGAAAGCGUUUGCAAGUCUCAGAUGAAAGUUUGCGAAUGCAAGGCCCCAGGUUGCGUGGGUCAUAUUGGAAUGAAGGUGGCAGUGAAGCCUGACGAAGAAGAAAUUGUUAAUGAACCGCCUAAGAAAAAGAGGAGACUGACGAAGACUGGAAGUUUGAGGAAACCGCUUUCAGGCUGCUAUUACUGCGGGAAAAUUCUGGACGAACUAAUUCCCUGCAAAACGUGUCCCAGAACGUAUCACGAGGAAUGCGUGAAGCGUAAUGGUGGACAAUUACCUCGAGACAACAACUGGCUCUGUCCAUGGCACUUCUGCGCAGAGCCAGACUGCAAAACGGUUGUUUUCACCAAUCGGGGCCCAAAUGGCAGUCUCGCCGUAUGCGAUCAUUGUCCGACUUCUUAUUGCAUCGCUCACAAAGAUCCGAAGAAGAUGACGUGGUUGGGCAGACUGGGAUAUGUUUGCCACAGACACUCGAAAGUGUCUAUCGAGAAAUUAGUAAAUUUCUUGACUCCAGAAUAUGUUUUCGCUGACUGCAUGAACGCGACUCCAAUUGCCAAGAAGUCCAAGGUUGACAUUGCAAACAUUCCGGAUUCUGGGAAGUUCCGAAUUGGAGGACUGUUAUUGAAGCAUCAUUUGAAGCUUGGAUAUCUCUUCUAUUUUGUUGGAUUAGGAUGGAUGAUCUCCUUGUGCUACGCUCCGUUCAAUGCGGGAACGUAUUUUUCAGAAAACGCUUUACUUCCUGGGUUGGUGGAUCCUACAUUUCGAGAAGAACAAUAUGCUCGGCAGACGUUGGAUCGUUUGAGAGAUGCUUCGAAACAUUGUAGCCAAGAAUCAAUGUUACUAAGUAAUGGUUGUCAUUCCUUUUCCGAUGCAUUGGCGAGUGAAUUCAGAUCUCUUGGAAUUGAUGUGCAUUUUCAAGCAUUUAAUUACUCGUGUCCUCUAAUGAAUCAGAUGAAAUCAGGAUUGAAUGUUUAUGGAAUUCUUCGUGCUCCCCGACAUGCGAGCACGGAAUCCAUUGUUCUCUCCACAUCCUACAAUUCGAACCCUGUUACCGCUGCACCUGGAAACCUUCCGACGUUGGGCUUGAUGAUCGCACUUGCAAAGCGAUUCAAAAAAGCCACAUACUGGGCAAAAGAUAUAAUUUUUCUGGCUGCUGAUGGGGGUGAAAUCGGAACACAAGCGUGGUUGGAAGGCUAUCACGAAGUGUCUUGUGGAAAACCAGGAUGCCUGAUUGCCGAAAGUUUGAGUGGACAUGCCGGCGCGAUUCAAGCUGCGAUCAAUCUCGAAUUUCCCGCUCUCCCAUUGAACUUCGUCGAUGUGCGAGUGGAAGGUCUCAAUGGCCAACUUCCCAAUCUGGACUUGGUAACCAUGGUUCACAAGUUGUGCUCUAAGGAGGGCAUUAAACACACGCACCGGAAAACAGUUGGUCCUCACAACAGUGCGUCAUAUGCUGGCUUCAUAACCUCUUUCAAAACCUUAUCUGCGAUGAUGACUAAAGGUCUUGGCCUCGGUCUUCCUUCUGGAAAUCACGGCCUUUUCCUUCGAUUUGCUAUCCCAGCAGUAACUCUCCGUGGUCAUACAAGUCGGAAGUCGAACUCAAUCGCGAGUUACACGGAACUUGGACGAGCCAUUGAAGGAAUGACGCGGUGUCUGAACAAUCUUUUGGAACGUUUCCACCAAAGUUUCUUUUUUUACCUGCUUCCGGCAGCGCAUCGUUAUAUUUCGAUAGGCUUAUAUUUCGGGCCAUUCGCUUUAAUGGCGUUGCCAUUGAUAAUUCGAGCAUUAGCGAUUUGGUUGGCAUUGCCUGCAACAGUUUACUAUGAGGAAAUUGGCGAAGAGGAGCGGAAGGAGGAAUCACAAGAAACUGAGACUGGCAAUAAUGGAGAUUCUGGUGCAGGUGAUGCACCUGUUGUAGCGCAUAAUGAGCCUCCUGCUUUUGAGCUAAUCGAGGAGAGUGAGGGUGGUUCGAAGGUUGAUUACUCGGUACUUGGAUGCGUGAAAACUGCUUUGGCUUGUCACGCGUUUGGCUUAGGAUUAGCGUUGAGUCCUGAGAUCCUUGUGGACCUCGGAAAACACGUUGGAUAUUCUCCCGCCGAAGCUGUGCUGUGGGGUUUCAUCUCAUUGUGUGUUCUCAUGAUCUCAUCACCAAUGAUGUUCAGUGGGCAUUCCAGUGGCGCCAAAAGCAGCCGCUACAUGAUGGUUUUCAUAGGCAUUUUGGAAGUUGCUUUGGUUCUGUUCACACUUGCGCUUUACAAUAUUGCGACGUCGUUCAUCCUUGGGGAAAUGGUUGUCGAGGUUGACUGUGCUGCUGUUGAAUCCGUUAACGUUGCUAAUGAUGAUGUCUGCAUUGGACCUGACAUUCAGCUCCUCAUCGAAAACAGGGAGUCGGAAAAAGCGAAGAAUCGCAAGUCCAAGAAGAAGGAGGAAAAGCUAAAAAACCUUGAAUAUCAGACAACUGUGGCAGCGGCGAAGAAACUGGAGGACCCGUUGGAGAAAUUUGCGGCUUUUAAAACUUUUGCGUCCAAAGAAGUUGCCGCAAAUAUAAAUUGCGUUUGGUAUGAGCAUUUAGAUAACGACACGAGGGAUUGGGUAUUUGAUCUCACUAGGCGAAACAUGAUGGAUCUUUACAACGACAGUCAUUGGGGAUGGAAUCAGAAAGAAAAGGAACAGGAUAUGUUUCAUCCGGAUGCAAGAUACAUAAUUGCACGCGAUGCAAAUCAAAAACCUAUUGGAUUCGUCAAUUUCCGUUUUGACAUGGAUUACGGUCUUCCCGUAUUUUAUCUGUAUGAAAUUCAGUUGGAAUGUGGGUAUCAUCGAUUUGGACUCGGGAGAAGGUUGAUGGCCAUUUCGGAACUUGUGGCUUUUUCCGCCAAAAUGAUGAAAGUGGUGUUGACGGUGUUGGAUAAGAAUGAGGCAGCCUGCAAGUUCUUUAAUGCCCUAGGUUACACGUUAGAUGAAUCGUCCCCCACUGGAUUCGACGAUGUUGGUUACGGGCUUGGCGUUUUCGAUUACAAGAUUUUGAGUAAAAUCAACAAACGACUUCCUGUUGAAACGGCGGAAGAGGGGAAAUGAUAAUUUUGCGACCUCCAAUUUUGUACGAAUUUUUUUGAAAAUACAGAUUCAUGUCGAGACCGUUGCUUCAUUUAUCAUUGCAAUUUUUUCGAGGUAAUCAUUCAUUUAUUUUUAUUCUUUUUUUGGUUUUCAGACAUGUGUGCCGGAUACGACGAAAAUUAUAAGUACGGAGAAUGGGGCUUUAUAUCAUAAACUAUAAUUGUUCUACAAUAUUUUUCAAUUUUCGCGUGUGCAGUUUUUUAUUUUGAAAUGAAUUUGUGAUUUUGGACCAAAGAUCGACUCAGAUUGCGGAACUAUUGAAAUCA